GACGACACCGGCGACAACAGCUCCAACCCCACGACGACGAGCCACCCCUCCGUUGACGACAACUUCCCCCCGAUAAACCCAGUCGUCCCAACCUGGUCAACAUGUCUGACGCCGGCGAAGUUGAGGUUGAGAGCCCUCAGGGCUACAUGGUCCUGCCCAAGGACGUCACCGAGGAGAUUGGCAGCAUCAAGCUGUUCAACAAGUGGAGCUACGAGGAUGUCGAGAUCAGGGACAUCUCCUUGACCGACUACAUCCAGAUCCGUACUCCCGUCUACCUCUCCCACUCGGCUGGUCGCUACGCCGUCAAGCGCUUCAGGAAGGCGCAGUGCCCCAUCAUUGAGCGUCUGACCAACUCUCUGAUGAUGAACGGCCGCAACAACGGCAAGAAGCUCAUGGCCGUCCGCAUUGUUGCGCACACCUUCGAGAUCAUCCACAUCAUGACCGACCAGAACCCCAUCCAGAUUGCCGUCGACGCCAUCGUCAACUGCGGUCCCCGCGAAGACUCCACCCGUAUCGGUUCCGCCGGUACCGUCCGUCGCCAGGCCGUCGAUGUCUCUCCCCUCCGUCGCGUCAACCAGGCCAUCGCCCUCCUCACCAUCGGUGCCCGCGAGGCCUCCUUCCGCAACGUCAAGUCCAUCGCCGAGUGCUUGGCGGAAGAGCUCAUCAACGCUGCCAAGGGUAGCAGCAACUCGUACGCCAUCAAGAAGAAGGACGAGCUCGAGCGUGUCGCCAAGUCCAACCGGUAAAUGGUUGUUUUCCUGCUUGGUUGGGGAGCGGUGGUGUGCCGGUGGUUUUGGUUUGGCUCUGCUUCUGGGAAUGGUUUUGUGGACGGGGGGCUAGUCGCAAAAGAGGCUCUUACAUGGUAGUUCACAUCAUACACUCGUCGCAGACAGAACGGAAAAUGCAUGAUCUUUUGCAACGUUAUAAAUGUAUUACCAUUCUUGUCCCCUGCGGGCCCCCUCUCCCAUCCUUCGUCUGGAUCGGAUCUUCCUUUCCUUGGUUAAGGCGAUCACUGGCAGAUUGACCGCAAGCAGCUUUGUCGCUGAGUCUGGACCCCGCAAACGCCGCCGCACCGCUGCGCCCGUUCGCCGUUUCGGCGAAUGUACACCACCGUACUUCCACGGGAUUGUGCCAGCCACUCCGGGUUGCACAUCCGCUCUUUGCCCCUGUCGUCGUACUCGGCGCUCUGCUUGGG